CACCGGAUAGCUCGAGGAUUCGAUACCAGUUUGUAGACGCUGGUAUAAAAGAGAACGCAAGUGCACUUGAAAUUAUUCUGUCAUCAAAUCACACGGAUUAAACAUGUUCGGAAAGCUGGUCGUCGUCCUAUGCGCCGCGGGCAUCGCCUCCGCCGGAAAUCUGCUGCACGCCGCGGCUCCCGUAGCGUACGCCGCUCCCGUCUCCUCGGUGUCAUACGCCACGCACACGGCGCACACCGCCCCCGUCGCAACGUACGCUGCUGCCCCCGUCGCGUCAUAUGCUGCCGCCCCCGUUGCCUCAUACUCCGUCAAAUCCGUCGCUCCUGCCGUCUCCUACCAGACCAUCUCGACUCACUCCGCUCCCGUAGCGUACGCCUCCCCCGCUGUGGCGCAUUACGCCGCUGCCCCAGUUGUCGCUAAGACUUACGCCGCGCCCGCCAUCUCUGCCUACCAUUCUGCCCCCGUGGCUUACGCCAAGACGUAUGCUGCACCCGCGGUGUCUUACUCUUCCUACUCUUCCCAAUCGACCCAUGCUGCUCCCGUGGCGUACGCUGCUGCUGCUCCCGUCAUUGCCAAGACCUACGCCGCCCCCGCCGUGCACACCUAUGCCGCCCCCGCUGUAGCUUCUUACGCUGCCCCGGUUGUAACUAAGUCUAUUGCUCCCGCGGUGUCUUACUCUUCUUACUCCACCCACUCUGCGCCCGUGGCAUACGCUGCCGCCGCUCCCGUGGUCGCUAAGACUUACGCCGCGCCCGCCAUCUCUACUUACCAUUCUGCCCCCGUGGCUUACGCCAAGACGUAUGCUGCUCCUUCCGUGCAGGCAUACCACGCAGCUCCUGCCGUGGCCACCUACGCCGCCGCUCCCGUAGUCAAGCACAUCGCAUACUCCGCUGCCCCGGCUGUAUCCCACGUGACCUACUCUGGUGCCUACGGCAACUACGGCUGGUAAAUUAUCCGAACGACUGUUACUGAUUGU